AUGGCGGCGGUACUGCGGUGCCAACAGCAGGACCAGGGUUGGGCGCUUAGCUGUCGUGAAGAAGAAAGAAAGGACGCCCGUAAGCGGUGCAUGGGCCUCAAGGAGAAACGAGAGCGUGGAAAGACGUGGGAGAUCCACAAGGACAAGACAAGACACGCCGGCGGGGUUGAAACGGGGUGA